AUGACGCUCGUUACAGUAGCGCGCAGUCUUGCGCGGGCGCUAGGUUUCGCGAGACAGGGAUCGAUCGGAGGCUGGUACAGAGGUGCUCUGACUUCGACGCGUAGCUGGUCCAGUGAGGCGGGGAGCGGAGGUAGCGUCUUUCUCGACCGGAAAGACGUUCUCGAACGAGUGCUGAACGUUGUACGGAACUUUGAGAAAGUAGACGCUUCUAAAGUUACACCAGAUGCACACUUCGUGAAAGAUCUGGCUCUAGACUCGCUGGAUACUGUGGAGCUCGUUAUGGCAUUCGAGGAUGAGUUUGCGAUUGAAAUUCCCGAUGCGGCCGCGGAGAAGAUUCUCAGUGUCGCUGACGCCGUUGAGUACGUCACCAACAACGCGCACGCCAAGUGA